AUGGCUAUCAACACCAACAAUUUUCCUCCUGAUCAGCGAUACUCUCGUCUUGAAAAGCUUGGCGAAGGCACUUACGCCACUGUUUACAAAGGCAAAAGCAAACUUACAGGAGAAAUCGUAGCCCUCAAAGAAAUUCAACUGGAUCCAGAGGAAGGUGCUCCUUCUACCGCCAUUCGAGAAAUUUCACUAAUGAAAGAACUCAAACAUCCCAAUAUUAUGCGACUUUUGGAUGUUGUUCACACAGAAAAUAAGUUGAUGCUCGUUUUUGAGUAUAUGGACCAAGAUUUAAAACGCUAUAUGGAUUCAGCAGCGCGUACAGGUGGGUCAGCACUUGAUGCCACUACCAUCAAAUCGUUCAUGUACCAACUUUUGCGAGGCAUUGCCUAUUGCCAUGAGAAUCGAGUCCUUCACCGCGAUUUAAAGCCUCAAAACUUACUCAUCAACAAACAUCGACAGCUGAAAUUGGGCGAUUUUGGUUUAGCACGUGCUUUCGGCAUUCCCGUCAAUACGUUCUCCAACGAAGUGGUAACACUAUGGUACAGAGCACCUGACGUUUUGCUGGGAUCUCGUAUGUAUUCAACUUCCAUUGAUAUUUGGUCAGCAGGAUGUAUUAUGGCAGAAAUGUAUACGGGAAGACCGCUCUUUCCCGGCACUACGAAUGAGGACCAAUUGCAAAAGAUUUUCCGCCUGUUAGGUACACCAACUGAGCAAACGUGGCCAAAUAUAACCCAGUUACCAGAAUAUAAACCCCCUCAAGUUGUCUAUCCGCCGCAGCAUAUAUCACAAGUGUUGCCGAACAUUGAACCGAGUGGUCUAGACUUACUAAAUCGAAUGCUGCAAUAUCAACCUCAACUUAGAAUCAAUGCAAAAGAUGCUUUAAACCAUACUUAUUUUAAUGAUAUCAGAUACUUGUUUACAGAUUAA